AUGAGUUCUCUGUGACGGUGAAGAGCACCGAGAUUCCGCAGCUGACGACGGCCUUCCUCGUGAACCACUCAGCCGUGACGACGACACCGGCCUCUGCUCUUGCUGUUGCCGGUGUUUCUGCCGUUAAGUGCAGCACUUCACAGCCGGUCACGGUCACCUUGACCACCACUACCACUGAAUCAACACCGCCACCGCCACCUCAAUCACCCUCAUCUUCACCCUCAUUUCCACUUGAGACGGCCGUCAGACUAAAAGAUGGACGCUUGAACGGCACCACCAACAUCACCAGCUUAAGUGCACCAGCAGCAGCAGGUGUCAAUGAGGCAUCAAUUAGCACAACAACUGCAGCGGUGGCGGCGGCAACAUCAACUAGCACCACAGUUCCGCCAGUGGAGACGACUUCUGCGGCAAUAACAGAGUCUACAGCAGCAGCAGCAUCAUCAUCACCAGCAGUGAAUGUCACUGUCACAGAUGAGAGCCUGAUGAGCGGCGCUUCAUCGAUCAACAGCAGUGUGACACAGCAGCAGCAGCAAUCAUCUAGUGUCGCAUCGCAUUCACCGACAGUAAUAUCGAUGAUACCAACACCACCGCCGCCACCGCCAUCAUCAACAUCAUCACUGCCGGAAGAGAGCAGCAUCAACACAGCAGUUGCACUUACUGACAACAGCAGCAGCACAACUACUACGGAAUUAUCACCAACAGCAGUGAACGGUACAGUGGUGAGCACUACCACCAUCACGACCGGGAAAUCCUCAGACUUACAAACAAGGAACAGCAGCAGCAGCACAGCAGGAACAGUCACGACAGAGGCGACCCCGGUACUUCCCGAUGGCAGUAUUAGUACUACACUUGCAGAGGUACCCCUUGAAGUGACCACAACUAGCACUUCACUGGCCAAAGACGAUGAUCAAACAGAGACUGCUUCUGCCCUGCUUGAGUUGACAACACUGCCCUCUUCAGCGAUUGGUGAUGGUGAUGAGUCAUCCUCGAGGGUCACUACCACCACCACCACUCAACAGGUGGUUAAUGAGAGGACAGUCGCUUCUUCAGAGAGCAGUAAAAACGAGCAAUUAGACGAUAAAGAAGCGGCGGCGGCGGCUACUACGACAAUCAUCAGCGUGGAAAAGGGCACUACAGCAGCAGCGGCAAUUAGAAAUGAAAACUCAGAAAAGGUAGUAGUGGUAACUGCUGCUGCUGGAGUAGUAGGUGCACUGGCAGCUCCACUGGCCACUGAUGCCAGCUCGGUGCAGGAAAGUGCUACUACUGAGCAGCCCACUUGGGGGGCCAACCUUGAGACCACCACCACCAACACCCUCACUUUGUCAAGUGAAAGUUCCGAGCAGAAGGAACAGCAGCAGACUGACCUGGCAGCUGAAAAACAGACAGUGGCGGUGGCAGUGAACGAAACCACUGAAACCAGUGCACCUGUCAUUGAAGAGACAGCCACAGUCGCCAGUAUUUUCUACAUCCCCAAUGAGAUCUUCACAUUUGCCCCGGCUGCGGCAGAGGAACCAUCACCUCAGUCGCUGUUUACCACCACUACUGUCACUUCAACUUCAGUUGAAACAGAAAUACCGGAAAUAGUCACCUCCGAACUCAAAUUGAACUCUACUUCUCCGGUGCAGCACAAGGUCGAGGAGGUCAGCACCGGAGGACCUCCUGUGGACAACCAGGUGACAACCACGAUGGCCAUCACUCCUGAUGUGUCCGCUUCCUCUGCUACAAUGGAAAAAAGCACAACAGCUGCUGCUGUUCCCAGUGAGACGACAACAAAUGAAACAAUCACACGAUCAAAUGUCACUAGCACCACCUAG